GGAUAUAAAUAGCGGAUCCAUCUUCUUUCAAUAUCAUUACAUCACCUGAAAUUCCUCCUGACCCUUCUUCUUCUUCUUCUCCAAUUCUACUUCCUUUUACCUUUUGCACUCAAAAAACUCUCUCACUUUCCUAAAAAGUACAUUUUGAUAAUGGCUUCUCAACAAGAUGAGCUAAAACACAGAAGUACUACGAAAUCACAACAAACAGAGCAAUACACAAAAUCUGCUCACGAUAAGGAUUCAAAAUCGAACAAAAACAUCAACAGAUCAACAAGAAAACAGAUCGCUAAACGAGGCGUCAAAUCAUUGACAAUCGCUUUAUCAAUUCCACUUCUAUUAACCCUAAUUGACAUCUCUCUAUUCGGAUCAAGUUACCAGUACGUUUCAAUGGAGAAGCCUUUCUGGUUUCCGCGUCUAUGGGCUUUACAUUUAGCCUGUUUAGGUUCUUCUCUUCUAAUGGGUCUUUCUGCUUGGCUUGUUUGGGCUGAAGGUGGGUUUCAUCGUCAACCUAUGGCUAUAAUUUUGUAUUUAGCUCAAUUAGGGUUGAGUUUGGCUUGGGAUCCAGUUGUGUUCAAAGCAGGUGCUACUAGAAUUGGGUUAGUGUUAUGUGUGGCUUUGUUUGGAGUGUUGAUUGGUUGUUUUAGGGCUUUUAAAAAUGUGAAUCCUAUUGCUGGGGAUUUGGUUAAACCUUGUUUUGGAUGGGCUGUGCUUUUGAGUUUAGCAAAUCUUAAGCUUGUGUAUCAUUAGGAAGAAAUAAAUAAUAUGCACUUGUUUUUUGUUUUGUUUUGGCUUGUGAGGCUUAUGUACUGUAAAUUUACAUGUUCUAUAUUUAUGUUUUAAUUAAAUUAAAUUUACAUGUGUGUUCUA